UUCAAAGUAAACAGUUAAUUUAAGGACGCUUGCUCGGUUUCUCGCAAAUAUCAAUGUUUUUUAGGUACCAUUUUGACACAUAAGCAGUUACAAUUUUGACAAUAUUAUGGUAUUAAAUGAAAGGUAAUUUAUUCAUCUCCACGUUAAAUGCAUUAGAAUUACACAGUCCCAUACUUUUUUUUUACACAAUUUCGUUUUCACCGCCGGAAGAAUCAUAAAAAAGUACAAAAAAAGGAGUCUGAAUAAGUACGUGUAACCCAAAUGUGGAGUUGAUUUAUAACUCCCAAUAAUAAAAAAAUCACAGCUAAUGUAUUUUUCUACACCUUCAGCUAUUUUUUUUGGACAUACAUAAACCACUUUAUAAUUUACAAUAAAUUAUAAAAUCACUCUCAAAUUUCUUCAUACAUUUUUUCGCUAUGCGCACGUCUCGGACCGUCAUUCCGCGCCAGGGGCUGGUCACUGCCGUACUUGACUAGAUUUCGGUAAAAAAUUUAGAAAAGCGCCAUCUGCAAUCCUCUUCCUAAAGUAUUUAAUAUCUUCAAGUGAUAAUAGAUGGCUCUUUAAUCAAAAAUUAACUUCCAUAAAAUAUCACUAAAAUUAUUGAAAUCUAAAAAUUAUUUUAUAUAUUAGUAUUACGUAGGAAAUCUAUCAAUUAUUUUUAUUAAAUCUGUACACUAUUUUAUAUACAUAAAUUAUUUUUCUAUAAUUAUUUUUUUGGUUGGCAAUAAACCGUGCCAACUGCCAAUGCUGAAGUUAGAAUUUGAAUUUUAAUGGCGAGUACAGUACAUACAAUUUGUGUGUUAAGUUUUCGUCCAUUUAAGUGUUUUCUGCUGUUGACUUGCGUUGAUUUGAGUUUUACUCAUCCGCUGUGUUUUCGGUGAAUUAGUGAGUGAGUUGAGCUGUGCUCCUCUGUUUCAUUGUUUCACAUAACUUGCGAAAAGACGCCAUUAGUGUUUAGUAUUAUUUGCGAUAAAGACGCCUUUUGUGAUAUUUGUGAAAUAGACACUGUUAUUGUGUUAUUAGCGAUUAGAGACGCUUGUUUGAGUGCAUAUAAUCAUGCCGAGGCGGUGCGAAUUGGGAUGUUCACACAACCCGGGUGUGACACAACAUCAAUUUCCACACCCAGAAAAGAAUCCUGAGUUAUUCAAAGCCUGGGUUAAUAUAGUUGGUGGAAAACUGGAGACUGCAGAUGAUAUCAAAUUUUACAGAAAGCGAGUCAUCUGUGACAUACAUUUUGCAGACAAGUUUAAGAAUCGCAACAACCGUUUAAAUAACAUAGCUGUUCCUACUCUCCAUCUUCAGGGUGCUCCAUCACAAGAUGCUCAUAUGCCUCCUGCAACUCCACAUAUACCAACUGAACUUCCUAUGCCUGAACAUAAUAUAUGGAAUCUGCCUUCUACAUCAAAGCAAAUAGUCACUGGUGCUCCAUCACAAGAUGCUCAUAUGCCUCCUGCAACUCCACAUAUACCAACUGAACUUCCUAUGCCUGAACAUAAUAUAUGGGAUCUGCCUUCUACAUCAAAGCAAAUAAUCACUGCUGCACCUCCCAAUGCGUGUGUUAUAGCAGCAGAACAUAAUUAUUGCAGUAAACAUGGUAUACAACAAAGACGGAAACUUAAAGGAGACAAAAAAAAACUGAAAUCAACUUCAUCGCUGGAGAAUGAAUUAAAGAUUUCAAGAUUCCAAAUGAAGAAUUUAAAAACCGAAAUUAUUCGGUUACGUAAACGGAGUAGUAGUUUGAAAGAAAGAUUAGCCAGCGUUGAUAAAAUUAGCAAUACAAAUUGUUUAAAAAAUAACGAGAAAUAUGACAACUGCAGCAAAAUAUUCACAAACAUGCAGUACACCCAAACUCACAAGAGAGCUCGUGGGCGGAGGUUUACUUUAAAGGAAAAGUUUUGUCUCUCCAUGUACAAAAGAGUCCCAAGAGUUAUACUCUUUUAUAUAAAUACUUUACAUUGCCCUCUAUAA